CCUCGUGAUCCGCCCGCCUCGGCCUCCCAAAGUGCUGGGAUUACAGGCGUGAGCCACCGCGCCCGGCCUCCAAGCCAAUUUCUGACAAGCAUUUGUAGGGUACCAGUCAGAGGCGUCCCGCAGUCACGGAAACCCCUCUGAGCCCCAGUCCGGUCCAAAAAAAGUACUUCCGGAACUAGCGCGCGGAGCGGGAGGAUGCCCCGGAAGUAUUUCCCUGGGAUCUCCCCCCUCCCCCACACCUAGAAAAGAUGGCUGCUGUGCAAGUUGCCGACUCCUUGCCUUCCGGGCAGCCGCGGGAGGCACCGCGGGAAGCAAUCCCGGAGCGAGGCAAUGCGUUUCGCCGCUUGUCUGCCAGGCUCUGCGCCCUUCGCCCGGAUGAGAGCAGCUCCGCCCGCACCGAGAUCCACCUGCUCUUCGAUCAGCUCAUCUCCGAGAACUACAGCGAGGGCAGUGGCGUGGCUCCGGAGGACGUUAGUGCUCUUCUUGUCCAGGCUUGCCGACUGGUACCUCUUAACCAGAAUCAUCUUGUCAGCAAAGUGUCCCAGCUUAUCCACCAUUUACUUAACAGAUUACAGGUAAUUGUGGAUGAACAGCACUUGGAUUUCCUGUUGGCAUAUACUAUUUCGGCUAUUCAUCAGUGUAGUUCCUGGACACACAUGGAAAUUCUUCAAGCCCUGGCAGCUCUGGUGUACUGCAAUGGCUCAAAAUGUCAAAAGUACCUCCCAGAGCUACUAGGCAAGACCGGACUCUUAAUGAAGUUGAGUGACUUGGCUCAGUCUGAUCCUGAAGUCAGGAGAGUUGCAGUACAUUGUAUGGCAAAUUUAUGUCUCAGUGUGCCCGGACAGCCAUAUUUGGAGGAACCCUACCAAAAUAUCUGUUUCCAAGCUUUCCUGACUAUUUUACAAUCUCCAAAAUCAUCUGAUAUGGAUGAUAUCACAUUUUGCAUGUUACUGCAAAAUGCAUUAAAAGGUAUACAGUCACUUCUAAAUGGUGGGAGAAUGAAACUAACACAGACUGAUGAACUUGGAGCACUUUUAGCUGUGCUAAAGAAGUUCAUGUUUCACGGACUCCCCGGACUAAACAUAGAGAUGCCCACGGUGUUGUACCCAACUCCGCUUCCUCAGUAUGAUGGGCGAACACCUAUCAAACCACAGCAAUCAGAAUCCAGUGCUUCUCGACCAACUUUGAAUAAAAAGAAAAAAUCCAAAGUUAAACCAAAGAAAAUCCAGCAAGGAGAGGAGGAGGAAAAGGAAUCCAGUGGUGAAAUAGAGGCAGCCUCAGUCACUGGCACAGGCAGAGUGAACCUGCAUGAAGGGAACACUUGGUCUCCCUCCUCCCUGGGUGUCCAGAGUUUGCCUUUAGAUGGAAGUGGAGCUGCAGGAAAAGAUGGAGUCUCCUCACCCUUCAGUUCUUCCAGUUGGAAAAGGGUCAGCAGUAGUGAGUCAGACUAUUCUGAUGCUGAAGGAGGCAUGCAGAGUAAAAUGAGGUCUUACCAAGCCAAAGUUCGCCAAGGAGCCUUAGUUUGCUUUCUUUCUACUAUAAAAUCGAUAGAAAAAAAAGUUCUUUAUGGCUACUGGUCGGCCUUUAUUCCUGAUACGCCUGAACUUGGCAGCCCACAAUCAGUGUCCUUGAUGACUCUUACGUUGAAAGACCCUUCUCCAAAGACACGUGCCUGUGCUCUGCAAGUUUUAUCUGCCAUCUUGGAAGGCUCAAAGCAGUUUCUUUCUGUUGCUGAAGAUACCAGUGACCACAGAAGGGCUUUUACCCCCUUCUCUGUAAUGAUCGCUUCCAGCAUUAGAGAGUUGCACAGAUGUCUUUUGUUAGCUUUGGUGGCAGAGUCAUCCUCACAGACCCUUACUCAGAUAAUUAAGUGCCUUGCAAAUUUAGUAUCAAAUGCACCUUAUAAUCGUCUAAAACUCAGCCUGCUGACCAAAGUCUGGAACCAGAUAAAGCCUUAUAUUCGCCACAAAGAUGUUAAUGUUCGCGUGUCAAGUCUCACACUCUUGGGAGCUAUAGUGUCCACCCACGCACCUUUACCUGAAGUCCAGCUACUUCUGCAACAGCCAUGUUCUUCUGGACUCGGUAAUAGCAAUUCAGCAACCCCUCACCUCAGCCCUCCUGAUUGGUGGAAGAAAGCCCCUGCAGGACCCUCUCUGGAAGAAAGGUCAGUCAGCUCACCUGAGGGGUCUUCAGAGCCCUGCUGGCUCAUUCGACUCUGCAUUUCCAUUGUGGUACUGCCCAAGGAGGAUUCCUGUUCGGGUAGCGAUGCUGGCUCUGCAGCAGGAAGUGCCUACGAACCAUCCCCCAUGCGACUGGAGGCCUUACAGGUAUUGGCUCUUCUGGCAAGGGGCUACUUUUCAAUGACUCAAGCCUACUUGAUGGAGCUUGGAGAGGUGAUUUGCAAGUGCAUGGGGGAAGCAGAUCCAUCCAUUCAGCUUCAUGGAGCAAAGCUUCUGGAAGAACUGGGCACAGGCUUAAUACAGCAGUAUAAACCGGAUUCUACUGUAGCAGCUGAUCAGAGAGUGCCAGUCUUCUUGGUGGUGAUGUUCUGGACUAUGAUGCUGAAUGGUCCUUUACCCAGAGCCCUGCAGAAUUCGGAGCACCCAACUCUCCAGGCGAGCGCCUGUGACGCCCUGUCUUCCAUCUUGCCAGAGGCCUUCAGCAGUCUGCCGAAUGACAGGCAGAUCCUGUGCAUCACAGUGCUGCUCGGACUCAAUGACAGCAAGAAUCGCUUAGUGAAAGCUGCAACCUCACGGGCCCUGGGAGUCUAUGUGCUUUUUCCCUGUCUCAGACAGGAUGUCAUAUUUGUUGCAGACACAGCAAAUGCAAUAUUGAUGUCACUUGAAGACAAGUCUCUGAAUGUUCGAGCCAAAGCAGCCUGGUCCCUGGGCAACCUGACAGACACGCUGAUUGUCAACAUGGAAACACCAGACCCAAGUUUCCAGGAAGAGUUCUCUGGUCUCCUGCUCUUGAAAAUGUUGCGAUCAGCUAUAGAAGCAUCCAAGGAUAAAGACAAGGUAAAGAGCAAUGCAGUCCGGGCCCUUGGAAAUUUGCUUCAUUUUCUGCAACCCUCUCAUAUAGAAAAACCCACAUUUGCAGAAAUAAUUGAGGAGUCUAUCCAGGCCCUAAUUUCUACUGUUCUAACAGAAGCUGCAAUGAAAGUCCGAUGGAACGCUUGUUAUGCAAUGGGAAAUGUAUUUACAAAUCCUGCCCUUCCAUUAGUUGUCUACAAUAAGCAUAUAUUGUUUUAAUGGUCAAGAAAAAAGGAAGGAAACAAAACUGGAAUGAGAGGGGAUAUAAACUGGAAAUCCCCUGUGAGCUGUGUACAGAAGUGGAUGCCAUUAAUAAAUGUAAGGAGGGCAUCUGUCUCUAAGUAGCGGCAUGCCAUGCCCCUUGAUAUGUCAUUCAGGACCAGUAGCUGCUUAGGUGUGUGGAUCGGAGCCUCCAAACCUUGCUCACUUUGAAUGCCAGUGUUCACUUUAUUGCAUCUCUCUCUCUCUCUCUCAGAAGAUUUGAGACCUAAGGAUGUGUUCCCGGAGAGGAGCUCAUGCAUCAAGUGAGGGAAGUCUGGCUCUGCUCCGCUUUAUCGCCUAGAGCAUCCAGGCCGACCAGUCAGCUGGGAGCAGGUGGAGAAGUAGCCUCCUGGCUUCUUCCACUGAGAAGUCACCUAAGGGUGACCUUUGGGGUUGGAGCUCAUUGAGGUGGAUGUCCGCCUUCUGGAGAGCCAAGAAGUCCUUGAAACGAGGGCACCUCAGUGGUGGUUGGCUCCUACCUGCCUUCCUGUAUGGCCCUUGCCCUCAGCCUACUAGAGAGAGAAGUCGACCUGCAUGACUUGGAGGGAAAGGGAAGUUCCAAACAGGCAGGAAGUUUGAGAACUAGAAAGCAUCCAGUAGCAGAGCUAUCAAGAGCCACAUAAGAAAAGGGAGCCAGAAACUGAUAAACAACUCUGACGGGUCAGAUUGUGAGUGUCUUGUAGGUCUAGCAGUGGCCCAUUGUCAAUGGCAGUGGCAUCCACCAAAUGGAAAGGGCCUGCCUGCCUGUCUUCGGAGGCAACAGAGAAGCCGGGGAGGGCUGGGUGAGUUAAGAGAAGCUGCAUUCUACUCUGUCACCCAUCUUGAGGAGUAAGGACACCCCAAAAUGGAGUGGGUAGCAGUAGCUCUGGUAAGGAGGAAAGCAGGCUGAUUUCCUAGGGCCUACAGGUAUAGAGAAAGAAUAGAAAUCUGGACAUCUUAUUCUUGAAACUGUACAUUUUCUUUUUCUUUGCAAUAAAAUGCAUGACUUGCUAUGGCCAGAACAGUGUCUGGAUGCUGUUGCAAGUGAGGAAAUAAUUCUUUUUGCCAGCAUGAACAGCACUGCCACAUGCAGUGUGUGCUUUGCACACAGCUCAGAAGGGCCCAACUGAGAGGACAGGUGGGGUUGCAGUUCAGUCCACGCUCUGCCCACGAAGCCAUACCCCAUGGGACAGAAUCCUCCCAGAGAAGAAGCCUUUUUCUGAGUCACCAAAGGCCCUAUAUCGGGUAGCAGAGGCUCUAAGCAUGUCACAGGCUGAGGUAGGGAAAGAGGGAGGUUUGGGGAUUGGCACCUGGCCACUUACCUAGGAUCCUACAGUCAGUCACCACCGUUGUCUCACAGGAUGAUUGUGAGAAUGAAGUGAACACAUAAAAUGAGUGUUUUGGGCACUAGUGUUUAUGCUGCCUUCCGCCCCUCUCCCUCUCACCCCACCUAGUUCUAAGCCUGCAUUUGUUUUAGUGACUGUGGAUUCUUUCUAGGGACAGCCCCAUGGACCUCCCAGGCCUACAGUGCCCUGACAUCGGUCGUGACAUCAUGCAAGAACUUCAAAGUGCGCAUCAGAUCUGCCGCUGC